AUGGAGAAAGGUAACCCCAGGGACUCGAUGAAAUCCACCUGGCGUACGGCCGCCAGGGACACCUGGGGCUACCGACACUGGCUCAUCCACAUACUCAACGUCUACCCGAGUGAGCUCAACCAAGAGGUGCCGGUGCACUCCAAGGACGAACCCGUUCCCUACAUGCCCCAGUGGUCGCUCCACAUCUGGAUCCUCUUCUACUCGUCUCUGCCAUUGCUGUUCCAUCAAGCCUACGCAUCGUACACGGGCCGUCACCUGGGACCCUUGUCGGUCUUCAACUUGUACUUCUUUGCCUUCAAUGCGAUUAUCAUCUGCCAGGUGCACAUCCUCCGCCGACUCGGUCAUAUCUACGGCUUCCUCGACGGCGACAACCAUGAGCGAGACGGUAUCCCUGAUGUUGGGGUGGGAAAGGUCGUCGGAUCGCUGUACAAGACUACCGGAUCUCGUCUGGCACUAUCGAUAUACCUUUCCCACCGGACGAGCCAACUCCCCGCAGACCUGAACUGGUACUGGCUGCCACUUGAAGUGGGACUGUACGGGAUCGUGCUCGACUUCUAUUUCUACUGGUACCAUCGCCUGAUGCACGACGUGCCCUCUCUCUGGAGAUUUCACCGCACGCAUCACCUCACCAAGCACCCCAAUCCGCUGCUGGCCGCGUACGCCGACCACGAGCAGGAGUUCGGCGAUAUGGUCGCCGUGCCUCUGUUGACCUACCUGACCCUGAAGACUUUCGGUCUGCCAAUGGGUUUCUACGGGUGGUGGAUCUGCCAUGCGUAUGUUGCCUUCGCCGAGGUACUCGGUCACAGCGGCCUCCGGGUGCACUCGACAGCGCCGUCGUCGCUGAGCUGGCUGCUGCAGUGGCUGGAUGCGGAGCUCGUGAUUGAAGACCACGAUCUGCACCACCGCAAGGGCUGGAGGAAGAGUCACAACUAUGGCAAGCAGACGCGUCUGUGGGAUCGGGUCUUUGGGACAUGCCACGGGCGGAUUGAGUCGGUGGCUGAGAAUGUCGAUUAUGGGAACACGGCCAGGAUGCCUUUGUUUUGA